AUGCAAUCUUCGGGAGUCAAGGUCCACACUGACUGCCUGGAGCAGUUUCAGAGCCUCAAGCUCGGGAAGAAGCACAAGUUCAUCAUCUACUCUCUGAGCAGCGACAACACGCAGAUCGUUGUGUCCAAGACUUCCGCCUCUGCCUCGUACGAUGACUUUGUUGCCGAGCUCCCACCGACAGACUGCCGCUACGCGGUGUACGACCUGGAGUACGAUUCGGAUGAGGGCAAGAGGAACAAGAUCUGCUUCUUUGCCUGGUCCCCCGACGACGCUAAGAUCAAGCAGAAGAUGCUCUACGCCUCGUCCAAGGAUGCCAUUCGGAAAUCCCUCACCGGCAUCCAGACAGAGAUCCAGGGCACCGACUUUAGCGAGGUCGCGUAUGAUGCCGGUGAGUUCCCGCAUCACGAACGAAUCGUGGGGUUUCUGAUCGACGCAGGCAGUGGCGGGAGCCCAAGCUCACGGGCACAACGCACCGGCGGCAGUGGUGGCAACCGAGAUUAG